AUAUGUUUUGUGUUUAUAUUCAUAUAUUCAGCGAUUAAUAGCUAAUUGUGUGGACCGUUGACGGACUGGGAGUCGACGCUCGCCAUCGACAGCCCAUUCACCACAACACUCAUGAGUGAGCCAUCGAUGGAAGUGCUCUCCAAUAGUGAUUACGUUGUCUUAAAGCAAAACCAAUACAGUCUGUGGUGUUCGCGAAGUGUCACUCAAACGGAACCGCUAUUUAAGCCAAUUAUCGUGAACGACAGCACAUCGUACGAGUCGUUUCAAUGUCACGGUCUGAUCCAUGGGCUGAUCGGUAUCUUCCAGGCGGACAAACUCCUGCUCAUCAAAGAGUGUCAAUCCAUCGGCUCUUUGCCAUCCGAUGACAAU